AUGACAGAGAUCGCGUCUCCCGACCCAACGCAAGCAAAUCCGCCACCUGCAACAAAUGGUGAUAAUGGUCUGCACCACGACGAGCAACCAUCAUCAAUCAACGGCCAUGCAUCUGCCGACUCCGUUCAACAACAGAAUUCUAAUAGUCCUCAACCCAUCAAUGGAUUCAAAAGUCCCAGAAUCCCGCUGCAGGUUCCGAACGCGGCCGAAGAACAACAGACUCGGGUCGAAACCCCACAACGCAACGACGUCGACAGCACCCGCGAGACACACAGCGCAGAUGACGGCCGUCCUGCGAAACGGCGCAGAAUUCGCGAUACGACCCCGAAUAAUUCUGCGCGCCGACCCAAGCCAGAGUCCCCGCCUUGGAAAAAGGUUGAGGCUGAUGGGCCAUCUACCUUCGUGACCGAAGAUGGUCGACGCAAGUCUGGACGCAUCAACGCCGUACCCCUGGAACUGCAGAGUGGCGACAAGAGGAUAACGAGGCGAGCACUAUAUGGCCAGCAAUCUAGCCCCCCCAAAACCCGCCAGUCCCCGGCCAACGGCAACGUGUCCGUCCAGACUCCUUCUGCCGCACCCAAGCGCUCAGCACCCUCCAGCAAACCCCCCUCUGCUAAAGCGUCAGCCACUAAGCCCCCGCUGCGAAAACCCCCUACGCGUGAUACGAAGACCGACACACGAAGCCGACGACGGUCUGCAUCUCCCCGGCGUCCGACUACACCUCCGCGACAGUCUCUCGGUACGCGCCGUUCCACGCGUCAUCUCAGGGGAGCCGAGGAUGAUGCCGACAGCACGUCCCCUGGCGCUGUGCGCACCACUCCACGCAUCAAGCUACGGGUUAGACCGCCUUUGACCACCAUACCGCUGGUCCAUCGGGACCAGGCGAACGUGCGGCCGAAGCUGGGGCCGUCCUUUGAAGAGUUCUUUCAGCGUGCCGCCGAUAUCCCUGUUGAAGAGGGAGGUUUGUUGGUGCCUUCAGAAGAUGGCCCUCGAUACACGGAUGAGAUGGCCAAGGAAGAUGCGCGGCUCAUUCUGCGCGUGGAGAAGGAAGUGGAGCCGGGCGGUAUUCUGGACAAGGCAAAGUGCUCUGUGUUUGAGCCUGAGCCCGAAGAGGAACCUCCUCGGCAGUGGGCACACAUAGACCAUCUCGCAAAGGCCAUGAGCAACUUCCGGAGGCUCAUGCUUCUUGAGCAGCAAAGGCACCGGGCAGCGGCAAAACGCCUGGCCAUUGCCUGCGAGGCCGAGUGGAGGCGCCGGAACCCGCAACCAAAAACUGCGGAAGAGAUCGAGCUCGAGGAGAUUGAGAAAAGCAAGGGUAGAUGGCGACAGGUUGCAAAAUCUGUUGCGGGCCUGUGGGAUAAUGUGAAGACGGAGGUCAAUCGCCGGCGACUUGCUGAGUGGGAGGCAGAGGAACAACGUCGGGUCAAAGCCGCGUUGAAUCAGGCAGUCAAUCUCUCAGAGCAAAAGUUACAGGCGAGGACGGCUCGUUUCGACACCGACGAGUUAUCGGAUGAGGACUUGGAGGACGAAGACAUGGGAUCCGAAGUUGAUGAUGCCAGUGGCACUGAUAUGGACAGCGAUAAGCCCGAAGGUGUUUCGGAAGAUGAAGAUGAUGAUAACAUGUCAUCUUCAGGCGAGGAGGAAGAUAAGGAAUCUGUCUUGUCCGAUGAAGGUCUCACCCAAGAACAGCUGCGAGCGAAGUACGCCAACUUACCGGCCUUGAACCCCGACGAUACCGCAACAUCGAACAAGCCCAAGGACGAAGGCGACGACACAAGCGACGAGUCUAUCGAUAUGGACGACGAUCUGGGGUCUAGCGAGGAUCAGUCAGGUACAGACGAUGAGGAUCAGGCUAGCGACGAUGCCGAGUCCGGGGAUGAGCCUUCCGGUCUCCUGGGUCUCUUCUUUAAAAAGUCCGAGCUGAAGCAACUGAAAGCAGAGGCUGCUGCGUCUGAUGCAGGGGUACAAGACGAUGAUGUGGAAAUGGCCGAUGCGGAUACCUCACGCAACCUCGUAUCUGCCUUACACGGGGAGGGUGCAUCUGAGAUCGCUGGAGAAGGUCAUGAGCCCCCUACAUCUGAACCCCAAGCUGGAUCGGCAGCGAAUGAUUCUGUGCAGCAACCCGCCGAGAAUGAGCAGACUGCUCACUCAGGCCACUCAACGUCAGUUCGCGCGGUUGAGCCUGGAUUGGGCUCGGAGGAACUCUCCACUAAGCCGGAAUCCCUGGAAGACACUGCCAUGCCGGAUACUCUGCCAAUAUCCGCUGAACCUUCACCAGGGCAUGCCGAGGCCGCGGCCACCCAGACUCCGGUGGCGGCCCAACACCCAAGCCCGGAGACGGAGCCAAUCACCAAUAUCCACAGUCCAUCCAGAAGCCAGUCACCACGAACAUCCGAUGACACCAAGCCGACCGAUGUCGAGACCCCGACAUCACUGUCACUCCUCCAUGUGCCCAAGACCGACAGCCGGUCCACUUCACCACAGCCAGCCGCUCCUAGGACCGAGAUUCCCUUCCUUCUGCGAGGGACCCUGCGCGAGUAUCAGCAUCUCGGCCUUGAUUGGCUUGCGGCACUGUAUGCGAACAACACCAACGGUAUCCUUGCAGACGAAAUGGGACUGGGGAAAACGAUACAAACCAUUGCUUUGCUCGCACAUCUCGCCUGUCACCACGAGGUCUGGGGCCCGCACCUUGUGAUCGUGCCGACGAGCGUAAUGCUGAACUGGGAGAUGGAGUUCAAGAAAUGGUGUCCCGGGUUCAAGAUUCUCACUUACUACGGAAACCAGGAGGAGCGUAAGCGGAAACGUCAAGGGUGGACGAACGAUGAUGUCUGGAAUGUUUGCAUCACUUCCUAUCAAAUGGUCCUCCAGGACCAGCAGGUAUUCCGGCGAAGGCGCUGGCAUUACAUGAUCCUCGACGAGGCGCACAACAUCAAGAACUUCAAAUCUCAGCGGUGGCAGACCCUGCUGGGGUUCAACACGCAUUCUCGGCUGCUUCUUACCGGCACUCCAUUGCAAAACAAUCUAACCGAACUCUGGUCCCUGCUCUACUUCCUAGCCCCUCCUGAGAAUGGGGAAGGCGGCUUUGUCGACCUAAAAGAGUUUCACAACUGGUUUUCAAGGCCAGAAUCGCAGAUCCUCGAGAGCGGACGGGAGCAGCUGGACGACGAGGCGCGAGCCAUCAUCUCCAAGCUCCACAAGGUCCUCCGGCCCUACCUACUCCGCCGCUUGAAGGCGGAUGUCGAGAAGCAGAUGCCAGCCAAGUAUGAACAUGUCGAGUUUUGCAGGCUGUCCAAGCGUCAGCGAGAGCUGUACGACGGAUUCCUCUCCCGGGCAGAUACGCGGGAGACUCUCGCCUCGGGCAAUUACAUGUCUAUAAUCAACUGCUUGAUGCAGCUCAGGAAGGUGUGCAAUCACCCUGACCUCUUCGUCGACCGCCCGAUCAUGACGUCGUUUCGCAUGCAAAGAUCUGUCGCGGCGGAUUACGAGCCUGAAGAGCAGUUCAUCAAAAAGACACUUCUAGCUGAGAAGCCGAUGAAGGUUGUGAGCCUCAGCUUCCUUAACAUGAUCCCAACCCAGUAUGAGGGCAUGUCAACCACACACGCAGACCGAAUUGCUCAGCUGAGCACUCAUCGAAUCCUUCUGGACCUCAGGGAGGCGCAAAGGACCCGAGCCAACAACGCCCACCACACUUUGGAUCCCGCCAGCGUCAAAUCCAACAUUGUUUAUCUCGAAAGUGCCGCACGCUGGGGCCGAUUUGAGGAGCUCCAGCAUUGUGUCUACCUGAACGCACUUCGGCGUCAGCAGCGACCAAUCUAUGGCAAACACCUCGUCGAUCUCUUAACGCUUGAUACCCACCUUCGGCCCUACAAGCAAAAACCCAGGGUGCCCCAGAAAAUCAUGAGCUGGUUCGAAGAAGACUCACAACUGUUGCACAAUGCAAUCCCAACGCUCCAGCAACGCGCGAGCUCGAUGGAAAUGACGAUAACAAAGUUCGCCUGUGUUACCCCGGCUGUUGUGACGGGUGACAUGACCAGGUUGCUACUCGGCGCACGGGGUGUUGAGGCAUUCGAAGAGGCGGACUUGAAGCUGUCCGCCCCUGUGAAGUAUGCACCGUACAUGCCAAAGGAGCGCCCUUCUGACCCCUGGCACGAGGCCCGAAUGCGGUUGACCAUCCAAUUUCCCGACAAGCGACUUUUGCAGUAUGAUUGCGGAAAACUGCAGGCGCUGGAUAAGCUUCUCCGCAAGUUGCAAGCUGGCGGUCAUCGCGCCCUCAUCUUUACCCAAAUGACCAAAGUGCUCGACAUUCUUGAACAGUUUCUCAACAUCCAUGGGCACAAGUAUCUUCGCUUGGACGGAGCCACCAAGGUGGAACAGCGGCAGAUUCUGACGGACCGCUUCAAUCACGACCCCCGCAUCCUGUGCUUCAUCCUCUCGACACGGUCCGGCGGUCUUGGCAUCAACCUCACGGGCGCCGACACGGUCAUUUUCUACGACCAGGACUGGAACCCAGCCAUGGACAAGCAGUGCCAAGAUCGGUGUCACCGCAUAGGGCAGACGAGGGACGUGCACAUCUACCGCCUCGUCAGCGAGCACACCAUCGAGGCCAACAUACUCCGCAAGGCGAGCCAGAAGCAAAUGCUCGACGACGUUGUCAUUCAAGAGGGCGAGUUCACGACGGACUACUUCAACAAGCUCUCGGUGCGCGACGUCAUUGGCACCAACGGCGAGGUCUUGGCGAAUGAGGACGACGUGGCGGCCAACGCGGCCAUGGACCGCGUAUUGGGCGGGGUUGAGAGCAGCAAUCCACGCAGCGUGGGCCGUGUCCUGGAGCAGGCCGAGGACAGGGAGGACGUGGCGGCGGCGCGCGUGGCCGAGAAGGAGAUCCAGCAGGACGAUGCCGAUUUCCUCGAGCAGCAACCCGCUUCGGGCGCGGCGUCGGGCGUCUCGAGCGUCAGGCAGGGCACGCCCAGGGAAGGCACUACCGAGCCGCCGCCGCUUGCUGUUGGCAAGACAGGCCAGUCGUCUGCCUCGGGUCUCUUUGUGGAGUCGGCGGCGGCAGAGGAUGCGGCCGUCGCUGGCGACGCAGGUGGUGAGCCUGUCGAGGUCGAGUACAACGCUUUUGGCGAGCGCAUGCGUACCGUCGAUGACUACAUGCUUGGCUUCAUGGCUGCUGCUCUGGAGGGGACGCCGCUUGAGCUGCCGAAGGAUAAGAAGAAGAGCAAGAAGAAGGGCAAGGAUACCAGGAAGCGGUGA